GUAUCAGCAGCGAUGCUCAUCGACGCCAGGACGCCAUUGUGAUGGGAAACUGGCUGAAUGGCGAGUUGAAUGAGCUUGGCAUCGAAACUAUGCUCGUAGAUCUCGGCACGCAUGAGAUGCAGGGGCAGACGCUGCAGCUUGCUGCAGCCAUUAUCGGACGCCUGGGGAGCGACCCUGCGAAGAAGACAGUGUUGAUGUAUGGACACUACGACGUACAGCCUGCACUGAAGACGGACGACUGGAAGAUGGAUCCGUUCACGCUUGUGGUGGACGAAGAUUCAGGUCGCUUGAUCGGUUGUGGCUCGACAGCUGGUUUGAAUGUCCUAGAGGCACAUAAGAACCUGGGAAUUGCGAUGCCUGCGAAUUUACGAUUUUGUUUUGAGGGUAUGGAGGAGAAUGGGAGUGAGAGGUUGGAUGAGGAGGAGGUGAAGAACGGUAAGGACAGGUGGUUUGAUGGGGUUGAUUGUAUCAUCAAAAUUACUGGGCCCGGUCAAGAUCUGCAUUCAGGGUUAUUUGGGAGGACGGUGCACGAACCCAUGACAGAUUUGAUCAAGCUCGUGAGCAAGCUUGUGGAUCAUAACGGAGACAUUUUGAUUCCUGGCAUCGACGACAUGGUCCCACCCCAUGAUGAGGAGGAAUUGUGCGUGCUCAGACUUUUCAUUGAGAUCUAGAUUUAUUCUACGUAGGAAGCUUUACCAGAAGAUGGACUAUACGACAGAUCUCAACAGUCGGAGCUAAAACUGUCAUUCCUCCCAAAGUGGGCGGGAAGUUCAGUAUUCG